AUGCAAAACAACCUCCAAUCUUCCUCAGAGCCAGAGGGAACCUCCCCUCACUCCCAAGCUCCUCAAGGAGCCAUCUUUUCUCUUCGAGAACCCCAUUCUCCGCCCCUCUUGCCACAUCUCCAUUGCGCACACACCCCGCCAAGCUCUCCUUCAAGCUAUUCAUUCAAUGCAUUCUCUUCAGACUUUGAUUCAUCUCCGGGUUCACUGCACUUCCCUCCAUUUUUGCUCAAAAGGAUCGUUUUCACUGCUUUGCUAUUGGUACUCUGCUUCUUCGUUUCCGGGAUCUCUCUCGCUGCGGAUGAUUCAAUCAAAGCCUCUGGGCUCGGAUUGAAAGUUGCGGCGGCGCUGCGAAGGUCUGGAUGGCCGGACGAGGCCAUUGUUUUCACGCUCGCUACACUACCGGUGCUGGAGCUCCGGGGUGCCAUCCCUGUUGGAUAUUGGAUGCAUCUCAAUCCUCUUCUCCUCACCAUCCUUUCCAUUCUGGGGAAUAUGGUUCCUGUGCCAUUCAUUAUCAUAUAUUUGAAGAGAUUUGCGGAGUUUGUGUCUCAGAAGAGUGCCUCAGCAACUCAGUUUUUGGACUUCAUCGUCAAGAGGGCAAGAGAAAAAGCAGGGCCAGUGGAGGAGUUCCAGUGGCUGGGGUUGAUGCUGUUUGUGGCAGUGCCAUUCCCGGGGACCGGGGCUUGGACCGGAGCUAUCAUUGCUUCAGUCCUCGACAUGUCAUUCUGGUCUGCAAUCACUGCAAAUUUUGUUGGUGUUGUUCUUGCCGGGCUGUUGGUGAAUUUGCUUAUGAAUCUUGGAUUGAAGUAUGGAUUUGCUACUGGUGUUGUUCUCUUUAUCAUCUCCACCAUUAUGUGGAGUGUUCUUCGGAAGUUUAAUACAUCGAAAUAAUGGUAAUUGUUCUUUUCCAUAUUGCAGCAAUUUC